AGCAGGAGAUCCGUUCGAUACAUUUCCAAAGAACUUUUGGCAAGAAUUCUCAUCACCUUUUACGGACACGCCAGAGGAUGAAGAGUCGGAAAUUACAGAGACUACAACGCAUGAACCCUUUCCGUUUUUUGCUGAUCCGUACACAACAGUAAACAUCAGCACGCAAUUGAGUUCAGAUGUGCAUCUUCAUUGCAGAGUCAACGAUUUGCAAGGAAAAACGGUGUCUUGGAUGCGUCGCAAAGGUGAUGACUUAGCCCUGAUAACAUUCGGUCGCCAUACGUAUAGUAGCGAUUCGCGGUAUUCCUUGGAGUUUGAAGAGCCAAACGACUGGAAGCUUUCGAUACAAUACACGAAUGAACAUGACGAAGGGCCGUACGAGUGCCAAGUCUCUUCACAUCCGCCUUUAGUAUUGUUAGUAUAUUUAACUGUAAUUGUUCCUCAUGUGGAAAUACUCGAUGAACGAGACUCAGCCACUCCAGAAAAAUAUUAUAAAGCUGGAAGCACUAUCGAAUUAAAAUGUGUAAUUUCCAAAAUACCACAGCCAUCAUCUUAUAUCACGUGGCGGCACGGUACCCGAAUGUUAAACUAUGACACUAGUCGAGGAGGAAUCAG